AUGCGGCACUUAAUAUUUCCAGAUAUUCUGAAUGUUCAUCGGUCUUAUAGGUUUAUGAAUCUAACAAGUAUAGAAGCGUAUCACGUUGCCACGGUGGGCACUUGUGGACUCUUCCUCUGUGCUUUGACCUAUUUUCUCUUCCAAGUUUUGCAUUUGUACUUUAACCGCAAAAUUCUUGUCGAGUGUUGGUUCUGCCGAUCUCUUUCUACCGUCAAGGUGUCCGAUCGCAAUGCCUUCUUCUGCAUUUCCUGUAAACAGUACAAUGGUUUCACUGAGUCAGGUGACUACAACCGUCCUCUCCCUGCCCAGUAUGAGGCCAAUCUAAACCCUUACAUCUUUACAUCACCUCGUAACUUGACGGUCAAUAACUCGAAAUCGGAUAUCCUUUGUGUUUUGUGCGCUCAACGACAGGCCUACAAAAUUGACCAACUAGCUCGCUUUGAGCCUUCCAAUGAAGCUAGUUGGGAUCAAGAACUAGAUCAAUUUAAGAAGGAACUUGAGGGUCGAUGUGUGCUUUGUCCUUCAUGUACAAUUAAGGUUCACAGAAGAAUUAAUCAGGUACUGAAUCGACUUUACCUAAAUAAUCGAGAGGCAUCUAGUUUGAUUUACACUUUCCAUUUCAAGCUAUAUUAUAAGCUAUUGCUAGCCUUUAUCGUAGUAUUGGCCACUGAAAUGCCUUUCAUAGUGAACAUUCUCAUUCUGAUUGAUGCAAAGAUUCUACCGAGCGUUCUGUCAUGGUGGCGUAACAGAUGCAACAAGAAUUCCUCCGUCGAUUCCUUACCUAAUGAACACUAUGGAUUUUCGAGGUCCUCCACUUCACUGUGCAUUAUUUUAUCUUUUCUUCGGAUUAUCACAACCCUUAUAUGGUUGGUUUUGGGGAUAUCCCCUUUCCUCGGAUUUUUCCAUUACCACAUCUGCCACUUGCACUCCGCUUCUCCCAUCAGGCUCAUUUUCAGGAAACUAGCCUUACACAUACCCCAGCGCUAUUGCGAGUACGUUGCUGACUGGAAAUCCGCCUUAACAAUCCAACCGAGUCGCGCUUUGUGGGGAUAUGUAUUAUGCUUAUUCGGACACCUCGUUCUUCUCCUGCAAACAUUGCAGCCUACAACUAGCCCUAUUCGUGCUCUUCUUGACUUUGUACUCAUUGUUCUUGCCGCUGACUUGGCCAUCACAUGCCAGGACCCUAGCUCUAUUCAAGCUCUUCUCCUAGGUCUUCUUCCAGUAGCUGGAAUCGGUAUUUUUUCCUACAACUGGCUCUCUUAUAGGAAAAGAGGCAUCGGCGAGCAAAAGCGGAAGCUGACCACCUGGUCGCCUCUCGCUUCAUCUCACAAUAAAGAAUUCGCCUACGAUAAUGAAUCAGCAGCUCCCUCUCGGCUUCCCAAGACCGACACGUUGGGAGCCCGCUCACUCUCACUGGAUAAACUCUCACUUCAUUCCUCAUCUUCUCCCACUGCAUACUCUGCCAUCUUUUCGCCUCCAACUUUAGUCUCUUUGCCACCGCGGUCCCAUUUCUGUGCUUCAAGCACAGCACCGGACUAUACCCGCCUGCGGCAGGGAGUUGGUGACCACGAUGAUAUGAAUGAAGUGAUGAGCCACUUUACUAGUGUGAGUCAACGUUCGAUGUGUAGGAGAGGGCAUUCAAAACGACCACACCGGAAGCGACGGCUACAGCAGCCGGUGGGUCUAUUGCGGUGGGUUGUGUACCUUCUCUUCGGUCGUCUAGAGAAGUGGGAGGAUGUGAAAGCAGAAUUGGUGUGUCUUCUGAACGCCGUUCUUGUAGCUGUUCUUUUAAUCCUUAUUUGUCACCUGUUUUACUCUAUUGUGCCUGCUUUGUGGGGUUUGAAGUUGUAA